CAUCAGGGCAAAUACCGUUACAGGAUAUUCGAAUCUAUUUUCACUGAUUAUGGCAACGACAUCAUUCGGAGCAAUGCCCAUCUCCCGUAAAUAACUAGCGAGAGCCAGCGAUUGCUCCAAAAUACCGCCAUAGCUAAGUUGCACACUGGUGACCCCAUUGAUUAGGGCUACCUUUUCAAGGCGUUUGGAAAACUCCUUCAGGAUCAGCUCUCCCAAAGACCUGCAGCCACGAUCAAAGUCCAGCUGCAACGGACCACCGUAAAUUAUGUUAGGAUCAUUCGAAUGAUCAUGAUCGCCACCGGAGGAAGACAUCUUCUGAACGAAUCAAGUCAACUCACUAAUCACAACGUCGCAGAUCGGCUGUAAAAACCGAACUAAGAAAAUCGUUGUUAUUCAAUUGCCUGUUUACCGGAGAUAAGGGUCUGCCAGCUACUAGAGAUAAUUGAAAUAUGGAACGAGAUAAACUGGUUUGGAACAGAUCAUUGAAUAGAGGCAAAAGUCUAUGCCUGUCCUAGUGAGAAGCAACGAUUACAACAUCAAUUGGUCUACAGAUGUGGCCAGUAGAAUUUCAAACUAUUCAAGAUUUUCUAGUUCCCUCAUGCAUUCUCUCAAAAACAAAGGCAAUAACAUAGGAAAUACGAUAACGAUUAUCGAAACGAAGUUGAGAACGAAGAAUCAAAACAAUUCAAAAUUGAGCGUAUUAUCAUUGACGAAGAAGCAGAAGACGAGCGGCGGUAAAGAGCAGCCAAAAAUUUAACCAAAACUCUCCGCUUCAGUACACUUUAAGCCGUGCGUCGAGAGAGAUGUCUUCCCGAAAUCGAGCCAACCGGAGUGACGACGGCGACCCGAACAUUAUCUACGGGGGCCCCCUGCCGAGUGAUUUCAAUCGGGGAUGCAAUUCGCUGGGAGAGUUCAUUCUUCGGCAGUUGUCCGAAGAUUUACAGAAGGUGGCUCUCAUCAGUGGCUUUACGGCGCUGCAAAUUACCAAUGGGGCAAUUCUGGACCAAUCACUGGCGCUAGCUUCGUAUCUGAUGGAUUUGGGUGUCAUCGCCAAUGAUAGCGUAGCGCUGAUCAGUGAAAACCGGUUCGAGUAUCCGGUGACAAUAUUUGCCUGUCUGUACUUGGGCGCUCGGGUGACGCUGCUGAAUCCCGGCUAUGUCGAAAGAGAAUUGGAGCAUGCGUUACGCCUUACCAAGCCAAAGGUAAUCUUCGCUGCUGCGUCUGCGUAUUGGGCAUCGCAAAAGGCUUGCGCUAGAAUACGUCUUGCUGCGCGAACCAUCCUCUUCGAUAAAGGUGCUCGAGGUUUGACCUUUGAAAAGUGUUUGGAAGACUCUAACCGUCAGCUCCAGUUGGGAAGUUUUGUUCCUGCUGCGGUGAACAUUGCAGAACAUGUGGCGUUCAUUGUCAUGUCCUCAGGGACUACCGGACUUCCGAAAGGCGUUCAAAUCACUCAUCGUAAUGUUAUGAGCCGGUUUUGUUUCGGAUGGUCGUUCCUGAAUCAACCAACAUCUUUGGCCGUAGAUGUUCUUCCAUGGUUUCACGUGGCCGGAGGAAUCGCUAUGCUGAACAGUGUUGUCAACGGAACCUGCCUAGUUUUCCUUUCCAAAUUCAACCCUAGAGUAUACCUCGGCUGCAUUCAAAAAUAUCGACCAACACUCCUCAGUAUGGUUCCACCGAUAGCAAUAUUCCUGGUGAAAAAUGAUCUAAUAAGGCAGUACGACCUAUCGUCCGUCAAAUCGAUCAUUGUUGGAGCGGCACCCCUUAGCAGGAACGUGGAACAGCUUCUCAAGAGUAGCCUCCAAAAUGUUAGUAUUUGCCAAGUUUACGGGCUCAGCGAAACCACGGUUGGCAUUUUGAGUCAAACUGGUUCCGAGAAUAAGCCGGGCAGUGUUGGACGUAUACGGAUCGGUCAGUGGGUUAAGGUCAUCGAUCCCGAAACGGGAAAAACAUUGGGUCCAAACCAACGCGGCGAGCUGUGCUUCAAGGGGACUUUGGUCAUGAAAGGGUACUUAGGAACGGUAGGCGUACUUGAUCAAGAUAGAUGGUUCCACACCGGUGAUUUGGGCUAUUACGAUGACGAUAAGGAUUUCUAUAUCGUCGAUCGGCUGAAGGAGCUGAUCAAGUACAAGGCAUUUCAGGUUCCACCGGCCGAACUCGAAGCCAUCAUUUUGACGCACCCUAAGGUGAAGGAUGCAGCGGUUAUAGGCGUUCCGGAUGAACGGGUCGGAGAACUGGCCACAGCUUAUGUUGUACCCGGCGAUGGCGUCGAGCUGAAACCACAGGAAAUAGUGAAAUACGUGGACGGUCAAGUUUCUCAACAGAAACGACUCCACGGGGGAGUUAUUUUGAUUCAGGAAAUCCCUAAAACAGCUAGUGGUAAAAUUCUACGCAAAAAAUUACGGGAAAUGUCCAAAACAAAGUCAAAGUUGUAAAUUUUUAGAAUGUGUACAUUGUU